CCGGAAGUGAUCGUGCGCGGACACGCUGCGUGCAGUGGUACUCCCGGCGGCUCUGUGAGGCGCUGACGGAGAAGAACCACCGGAGGAGGACGGUUUCAUUAAGAUGAGAGAGUUCUGGCCGGCAGCAGCAGAGAGGAGUGAACCGGCCUUGGAGGAAAGCUAACCCACGAAUGGCCUGCCAGUCUGUCGCUGUAGUCAUGGACGAGCAGGCCCUGCUGGGGCUCAACCCGAACGCCGAUGCCCGCUACAGGCAGAGGGCUAUGGCUUACUUCGAGCAGCUGAAGGAGUCUCAGGACGCUUGGGAGGUUUGUGCUGAGGCUCUCGCCAAAGGGAUUUACAGUGAUGACCACGUCAAAUUCUUCUGCUUCCAAGUCUUGGAGCAUCAGACCAAGUUCAGACAUUGCAGUUUGAGUGCUGUUCAGCAGCAGCUCAUCAGAGAGACUCUGAUGAAGUGGCUCCAGUUUCAGCUGAUGAACACUCAGCCCGAGAAGGCCUUCAUCAGGAACAAGGCAGCACAGGUGUUCGCCCUCACCUUCGUCAUGGAGUACCUGACUCUGUGGCCCAAGUUCUUCUUCGACAUCCUGUCCCUGGUGGGUCUGAACCCCCACGGAGUCGACAUCUACCUGAGGACACUGAUGGCCAUUGAUGCCGAGGUGGUGGACAGAGACAUCCUGCACACGCCGGAGGAGACUCGCAGGAACACGCUGAUCAAAGACAGCAUGAGGGAGCAGUGCAUCCCCAGCCUGGUGGAGUCCUGGUUCCAGAUCCUGCAGACGUACCAGCAGUCCCACCCCGAGCUCACCUGUCAGUGCUUGGAGGUGGUCGGAGCCUACGUGUCCUGGAUCGACCUCAACCUCAUCGCCAAUGACAGGUUCGUGAACCUGCUGCUGAGCCAGAUGUCCAUGGAGGAGCUGAGGGAGGAGGCCUGCGACUGCCUGUUUGAAAUUGUCAACAAGGGAAUGGAUCCAGUGGACAAAACCAAGCUGGUGGAGUCUCUGUGCCAAGUGCUACAGUCAGCAGGCUUCUUCAACGUGGAGCAGGAGGAGGAUGUGGACUUCCUGGCCAAGUUCUCAAGGCUGGUGAACGGCAUGGGUCAGAGUCUGGUGCUGAGCUGGACCAAGCUGGCGAAAACCGGCAACGUGAAGGACGCAUCGGAGACGCUGCAGGCCGUGGAGGCCAAAGUGCCUCUGCUGCUGCAGCUGCUGGUGCACGAGGAUGACGACAUCUCGGCCAACAUCGUCGGCUUCUGCUACGAGUACCUGCACGUCCUCAAACAGCUUCCUCAGCUGACAGACCAGCAGAAAGCGAACAUCGAGGCCAUCAUGCUCGCUGUAAUGAAAAAACUCACGUACGAUGACGAGUACAACUUUGAGAACGAGGGCGAGGACGAGGCAAUGUUUGUGGAGUACAGGAAGCAGCUGAAGAUGCUUUUGGAUCGACUCGCUCAGGUUUCACCGGAGCUGCUGCUGGAAGCCGUCCGCCGCGUCUUCACCAACACGAUGCAGAACUGGCAGACAGCACCCUUCAUGGAGGUGGAGGUCGCCAUUAGGCUGCUCUACAUGCUGGGUGAGGCCUUACCAGCGGCGCAUGGUGCCCACUUCUCUGGAGACACGGCCAAGACGAGCGCCCUGCAGGACAUGAUGAGGACGCUGGUUUCCUGCGGUGUCAGCAGCUACCAGCACACCUCCGUCGCUCUGGAGUUCUUUGAAACGGUUGUGCGAUACGACAAGUUCUUCAUCGUGGAGCCACAGCACAUUCCUGGCGUGCUGAUGGCGUUCCUGGACCAGCGAGGCUUGAGACACAACAGCCCGAAGGUCCGCAGCAGGGUGGCCUACCUGUUCUCCAGAUUCAUCAAAACCCUACAUAAACACAUGAAUGCCUUCGUCGAGGACAUCCUGACAAGGAUUCAGGACCUGCUGGAGCUCACUCCACCUGAAAACGGUUUCCCGGCGCUCCUGACCAGCGACGACCAGCUCUUUAUGUUUGAGGCAGCCGGCAUCCUCAUCGUCAACAGCGAGAGCCCUGUGGAGAGGAAGCAGGCACUGAUGAGGAGCCUGCUGACACCGCUGAUGGACGCCUUCCGCCUGCUACUCGCCAAACUCCCCCAGGAGACUGAGGAGGAGCGUCAGACCGCCCUCGCCGACUGCCUGAGUCACGCCGUCGGCUUCGCCAGCCGGACCAGCAAAGCGUUCAGCAACAAGCAGACAGUGAAGCAGUGUGGCUGCACCGAGGUGUACCGGGACUGCCUGCAGGCCUUCCUGCCCGCACUCAGCUGCCCUGUGCAACGGAGCGUGCUGCGCAGCUCCGUGCGUUCGUUCCUGCACCGCAUGAUCAUCUGCAUGGAGGAGGAGGUGCUGCCCUUCGUCCCCGCCGCCUCAGAGCACAUGCUGAAGGACUGCGAGGCCAAAGAUCUACAGGAGUUCAUCCCACUCAUCAGCCAGAUCACCGCCAAGUUUAAGCGGCAGGUGUCUCCCUUCCUGCAGCAGAUCUUCAUGCCCCUCGUCCUUGCCAUCUUUGAGGUUCUGGCACGCCCGGCAGAAGAGAACGACCAGACAGCGGCACUGGAGAAGCAGAUGCUGAGGAGGAGUUACUUCAGCUUCAUCCAGACCAUCGCAGGAAGUGGGAUGAACGAGGUGAUGGCCAAUCAGGGGGCGGAGAACAUGGAGCGCAUCGUGUUCACCAUCAUUCAGGGCGCUGUCGACUUCCCCGACCCCAUCGCGCAGAAGACCUGCUUCAUCAUCCUCACCAAACUGGUGGAGCUGUGGGGAGGUAAAGACGGCAUGGUGGGCUUCCCUGACUUUAUCUACAAACACAUCGUCCCAGCCUGUUUCCUGGCUCCCCUCAAACCGACCUUUGACCUCUCAGAUGCACAGACGGUCCUGGUGCUGUCGGAGUGCGCUCUCACACUGAAGAUGAUUCAUCUCAAACGGGGACUCGAAUUCAUCCAGUUCUUGCAGCAGGAGUACCUGCCAUCGCUCCAAGUGGCCCCGGAAAUUUCACAGGAGCUCUGCCAGGUUCUCCAGCAGCCUGACGUCAAAGUCCUGAAAAACUACAUUAAGGCGUUCUUCCAGCGAGGAAAACUGUAGGGAAAAAAACUGGAAGUUCACGGGGACUGAAGGACUCUUCACAGGAAGUGGUCAUACUGCCACUCAACAAUUGAAAAAUACAGGACCUUAGCAUAGGCGCUGCUCUUGCACUUAGAAUUAAAUGCAUAACAAAGCCCAGCUUGUCUAAGUCGGGGACGCGGAACGAAGCCCGGUGAAACCCCUCCCUCUGAGAUCAGCUGCUCAUGUGCAGGAGCGCCACGUCUGCUCAGAAACGUGGAGAACUUUGUGGAUGCCAUGAGGAAAGGGCUUUUUUCUUUUUUUUUUCCCUUCUUUUUCUUUUUCAGGAGAGGACGCCUCUUGUCGGGAAAAGAUUGGGUAAUUAUCCUCAGUGACCUUCUAGGUUAGAAGAAUCGAUAGCUUUACACUCACAUUAGAAACCACAUUUCAGAACAGGCUAGACUGAGUUUUAUAAGAAGGAAGAAUAAAAAGGGCUGACGCAUUAUUCUUAUUUAAAAUGUGGCUUUUUGUUUUGUUUUUGUUUUUUUUAAACAUGCUGAGGAGUGAACGGUUGGUUUUAGGUUUGAAGUGAAACGUUACAGCCCGACUCGAUCUGCAGAUCAAGUAUUAUCUUGUUACCUGAUCAGACAGAGAUCCUCGGCAUGGAUUUUAAAACCGAAGACGUGACGGAAAUAGACACCACAUUUUUGUUUGCUGGAUGUGGCUCUUUUUUUUUUUUAAUUUCAGAUGGAAAUGAAAAUGUAAUGGAGGAACAAAGUGUAAAUAAGAGAAUAAGAUGUUAAAAAUGUAAAUAAAAUUCCUAGGUUUAGUUUCUUUUUGUUUUUUAAAUAUUCAUUCCCAUCUGGAAUCCGUGUGCGGAGGCCCAUUUAUGCCAGGGAAAAAAAUGUAAUAUAAAAGUUAAAAUUUCUGAUUUGUGGCAUCAAAAGUUUAUACAAAAAAUUAAAUAUGCGUUCUUAAAUUUUUUUUUUGUUUAUAAAUCGAUUGAGUAUUCAUUUAAAUUCACUUUCAGAAUGAACAUUUUUUCCAGGUAUUUUCUUAUAAAUGCAACUUGAUGAGUAUUAACACAAUUUUGUAUUUGUUUUUUGAAUUUUUUUUUGUUCAACCUUAUGGUGACUCAAUGCGUAAAAAUUUGGUUUCCUUAAUUUCAUAAAAAGUGAAUAUUUAAACUUACUAUAAAGCGUGACUUUAAAGUAAAACUAUAAAUUUCACAGAUGUAACUUUUACACAAAACAUUUGACCCACACUAUUAGUUUUACUACUUCAAUACAAAAAUCAUGUAAAUUGAAUUAAUCAGUACAUGGUUAUAUUUAUUAUUGCACUGACUCACAUCUUUAAAAAAAAACCAUUUCGUUUGAUAAAUUUAAAAAUUACAAUUUGCAAAAGUUGCAAGUUAUUCUGUUGUGACUUAAAAGCUUGCUGUGGCUUUUUGUUUGGUUUAUUUCCUCGACCUUAAAGUCACAGUUUUAGGUUGUUUGAAAUUAAAAAUUUAACAGGUGUGAUCUGAAAGCAAACAUAAAUAUGUUUAUUAUUCCGAAAGUUUAUCAGGUUAUUAACUGCUUUGAUGUAUUUAGUCAAACAUGAGUGACUUUUUUGAUUGAGUAAUUAACAUUUUUGAUGCAGUUUCUCAAUAUUUUGAGGUUUGCUGUAUUCAGUUAAGUUGUGAGUUUCUAUGACUUUCACAGAUUUUAUAUUAUUCAUAUCAUCAAUUUAUUAAUUAAAUAUUUUGUUCUAGUCUCUUAUAGUUUAACG